AUGGCUGCCCUGCCUUUUUUCUCCCGUCUCUCUUCACGGCGCUCAGAUUCACUGAGUGAUACAACACUAACUGAACCAAGGCUUUCUGAUCUUUCCAACAAGUCUCUACAUACUUACUAUCAGCCCGACCAGAAAGCUCCUCGCCGCUGGGUUGUGAGCUUCAAAUCAAGACUCAACCCUACAAUUGUAGGCAAGAAGAAAGCCAGGAGAAAUCGUGUUCUUGUUGCCGUCCUGCUUAUCCUUGCACUGGGUGGUAUUGCUAUACUGGUGUGGUUCUCACUGGUCCUCACAUUGAUCGAUCGGCUCACACCUGCUCUCCCAUCGAACGGACUCCAGAGAAUUGUCAAGACAUGGAAAGGGCCGACAGACUCAGUCGCUGCACUAUCUCCCUGGCCGGAAGACUUCAUUCCUCUAUAUGAGGCCAUGGCAGCAGGCUGCACAGGCGUGGAAGCAGAUAUUUGGCUCGAGGGCAACGAUCUGCUCGUCGGCCAUCGGAAGCGCUCUCUGUCCCCUGAUCGUACAUUGAAGAGCCUCUAUGUCGACCCCUUGACAAUAAUCCUCUCGAGUUUAAACACCAAUUCAUCCUCCAACAGCUCAGUUGGCGUAUUUGACGUCGACCCUACAACAAGCCUUACUCUGCUGAUCGACAUCAAAACGGACGGAAAUGUCACUUGGCCGGUACUCCUCGAUCAAUUGGCUCCUCUUCGCUCCGGAGGAUGGCUAUCCCACUGGAACGGGACAAGCAAAACGCUAGUCCGUGGGCCUGUUACCGUCGUCGGAACCGGAAAUACCGUGUUUGACUUGGUGGUCGCAGAGGAAGAUCGCUACGUCUUCUUCGACGCCCCAUUAAACGACCUUGCUCAGAACUCCACCUACACAUCAGAGAACAGCUACUACGCCAGCGUCUCGCUGAAAAAGGCCGUCGGUGUUGUAUGGCCUUGGGGCCCAACAGACAGCCAGAAACAGAGCAUGCAGAGGAUGAUCAGCGCUGCCUCAGAGAGAGGUUUACUGUCUCGGUUCUGGAGUAUCCCCUCCUGGCCUGUCAGCCUGCGCAUGAGGCUAUGGCGGUUUUUGGUCGAUGGUGGGGUCGGCAUGUUGAAUGUAGACGAUGUAGUUGAGGCGACGAGAUGGAACUGGGACUGGUGUAUUGUGGCAGGGUUGGUGUUGUGUUGA